AUGCUCGAGACCGCGUCGCCAGACCAUGUGCUUCCCGACGCGGAUCCUCUGGCUGCCUCGCCCGCCGACGGAACGCUGAACGCUCCAUCCAGUGACGCGCCGCGCGUCGAGCCCGAGGGUCGGGAAGCCGCCGGCAAGGCUCGAACGAACGGCCAUGGCCAGCAGGACGCGACGCCGGCCCAGACGAAUGGCCACGUGCCGCAGCCGGCAGAGGCCGCGGACGAUGCUCGUGUGGACGACGGCGAGCGGCCUGCGAAGAGGCUGAGAACCCGGAAUGCGACGCCGCCGCCGCCCGCCGUCCGCAAGCUGAAGCCCAUCUCGCCACCGUGGAAGAAGAUCGAGGCGGAUGGCCCGACAUCCUUCACUGAGAACGGACGGCGCAAAUCCGGCCGAAUCAACCUGUUGUCCACCCCGGCCGAGCCGGCUCACGCGAACCCGAAGCGUAAUACCCGUCAUUCGAUGAAUGGAUCGAACGGGAGCACGCCCAAAGCCAGCCCGCUCACAAAUGGCAAGUCCAGCAAGCCCGCGGGAGUCGGCGCCACCAAACAGAAAUCCACGAGCAAGACGACAUCAGCCAGCACCACGCCAUCCGAAUCAAGUUCGAGACACGCUUCCAAGAAAGGCGCUGCUCCCGAGCCUCGGCCAUCCUCACGGCCAAGCCGCCGACGAACUCCCUCUCCUCCGCCACAACCCCUCAGACACUCCACACGAACGCGAAGAACACGGCUUAGCGAUGCAAUUGAACAAGAAGCUGCGGGCAAUGCCGCAAAUCACAAUACCUUCGAAGGCUCUGGCAAGUCUCCCCGAGUCAAGCUGAGGGUUGGGUCCCGGCUUGGCGUGAUUCCCUUGGUGCAUCCGGACCAGGUACGCAAACGACCUCGAAUAGGAGCCGACUUUGACGAUUUCUGGAACCGAGCGGGAGAUAUCCCAGUCGAAGAAGGUGGCCUCAUGGUAUCUGAGGAUGGACCACCUUACACGGACGAAGCGGCGCGACAUGACGCCCGCAUAAUACUACGCAUCGAGAAGGAGGUUGAGCCGGGAGGGCUCCUGUCCAUGCAGCGGUGCUCUCUGUUCGUACCCGAAGGAGAGGAAGAACCGCCAAGACAAUGGGCACGGCAAGACCAUAUGACGAGGGCCGCAGCCAACUUUCGAAAGCUCAUGGUGGUGGAACAGCAGCGGCAUCGAUCAACCGCCAAAAAGCUAGCCGAAGCGUGCCGCGAAGAAUGGAUACGGCGCCAGCCCAAAACGGCCGAAGAGCUAGAGGCGGAAGCAAGAGCCUCGUGGUUGGCACACUAUCGAGUUGUUCUCAGAUCGCUAUUUGGCACUUGGGAGAAUGUUCGUGCAGAGGUCAACAGGCGGCGAUUGAUACAAUGGGAGGCAGAAGAGCAAAAGAGAGUCAAGGCUGCGCUUAAUCAGGCAGUCAGUCUGUCGGAGCAGAAACUGCAAGCUCGGCGCGCUGGUGGCAUGGAUUCAGAAUCUCUCUACGAUGAGGAUGGCUUUGACGACUUGAGCGACAGCGCUAGCGAGGAGGAAGAAGGAGACGAGUCCCGCUUGUCUUCAGGAGAGACUGAUGAAAGUGGUGACGAGGACGGCGAGGACGAUAGCGAUAUGAUGUCGUCUUCGGAAGAUGAAGAGGAUGAGGACCAUAAAGACGCAGCAGACGAGGGCUUGACGCAGGAGCAGUUACGGGCCAAAUAUGCCAACAUACCCAAUCUCGAACGCGAAGAUGCAGGUUCGAGGGCUGACAACGCGAGUCGAACCCCGGGCAACGAGGACGAAUCCGAGGCUGAGACAAGUGAUGAGUCGGUGGAUAUGGAUGACGAUCUGGGUUCAAGCGACUUCGAUGGUAGUGAUGACGAAUCUGGAGACGAGGGUUCGACAGAUGAAUCGGGAUCUGAGGAGGAGGCUGGUGGUCUCUUGGGACUCUUUUUCGGGAAAUCAGAGCUGAAGGCAAUGAAGAAACUCGAUACCCAUGAUGAAAGCCCACAAGAUGACGAGAGGGGUGCUCAAGCUGAUGCAUCUGGAGCCGAGAUUGCGCAGACCAAUGCCGGGAUGGACGAGGAUGAUGACGAUGAGAUGUCGCUAGUCCACCAUCCUGACUCAGUCAACGGAGACAUCGCAAAGGAAACCGGCGAGAAUGCUGGGCCCUUGACACCUGCGACCGAGACCAAGUUGAACGGCCUGCAAAGCCACAUGCAACUCGACGACGAAGACGCCAAAAAACCCGCCGCCCCUCCCGAACCCGCCGAUGCAGAUACGAAACAUAUGCAUAAGGACGUUCCAAUGACUGAUGCACCACCAGAAUCAUCAAGAUCGGAAGAGCCUGUAGCCACGAAAGCUCCAGAGAAGGAUGCUCCUUCCGAAGCAGAAGCAGCAAAUGUUCGCGUUGCUGUCUCUCACGGUACAGCCUCACCAACGAUAGCGGACGCCGAAUCAGAAACGAAGCCCGAAACCCAACCCGAGAUAACAGCGCCAAAGGAGACUGAGCAGUCUGGAUCAUCCACCGCCGUUACCAGGGUAUCAACACCGCAGCCUACAGGCCACAAAAUAGAAGUUCCCUUUCUCCUCAGGGGAACACUACGCGAAUACCAGAGGCAGGGCCUCGACUGGCUUGCCGGCCUUUAUGCAAAUAACACAAAUGGUAUUCUCGCAGAUGAGAUGGGUUUGGGUAAGACGAUUCAGACCAUUGCACUGUUGGCACACCUUGCCUGUCGUCACGAAGUUUGGGGCCCUCACCUUGUCAUCGUGCCCACCAGCGUUAUGCUGAACUGGGAGAUGGAAUUCAAGAAGUGGUGUCCCGGCUUCAAGAUUCUCGCCUACUACGGAUCUCAGGAAGAACGCAAGAGAAAACGACAAGGAUGGAACAACGACGACGUAUGGAAUGUCUGCAUCACCUCGUACCAGCUGGUACUCCAAGACCAGCAGGUGUUUAGGCGACGGAGGUGGCACUACAUGAUUCUGGACGAAGCGCACAAUAUCAAAAACUUCAAAUCGCAGCGAUGGCAGACGCUGCUAGGGUUUAACACGCACUCACGUCUACUUCUUACCGGAACCCCGCUUCAGAACAACCUCACGGAGCUGUGGUCGCUGCUCUUCUUCCUCAUGCCUGCGGAGAAUGGCGUCGGGGGCUUUGCAGAUUUGCAAGAGUUCCACGACUGGUUCCGCAAGCCCGAGUCCCAAAUUCUGGAGAGCGGGAGGGACCAGAUGGAUGACGAGGCCAAGGCAAUCAUCUCGAAACUUCACAAAGUUCUGCGGCCAUACCUUCUCAGACGUCUCAAAGCCGACGUGGAGAAGCAGAUGCCGGCCAAAUACGAACACGUUGAGUUCUGCCGACUGUCAAAGCGGCAGCGCGAACUGUACGAUGGAUUCCUGGCACGCAGCGAUACGAGGGACACGCUGGCGUCUGGCAACUACCUCUCCAUCAUUAACUGCUUGAUGCAGUUGCGCAAAGUUUGCAAUCACCCCGACCUGUUUGUCGACCGACCCAUCAUGACCUCGUUUCGCAUGAGCAAGUCUGUACCUGCAGAAUAUCAGGAUACGGUAAGGGCCGUGCAGCGAUCACCCUCAAAUUUCGAAAGCCCCAUGAGCACUGUCAAUUUGGGUUUCUUGAACCUGGUGCCGACUCAGCAUGAGCAUCUAUCCACCUUGAAGGCGGACAGCAUCACCCAACUGAGCUCGCAUCGCAUCCUCAUGGAUCUCAGAGAGGCGCAAAAAUGCCGGGCUCAAAAUGCCUACACGACCCUGGACCCUUCCACGGUGGAGUCCAACAUUGCCUACGUCGAGAGUGCUGCCCGCUGGGGCCGCUUCGAAGAGCUGCAGCACUGCGUUUACCUCAAUGCCCUCCGCCGUCAGCAGAGGCCCAUCUAUGGGAGCAACGUUGUCAAUCUGUUAAACAUCAACGCUCAUGACCGUCUGCGCAAGCCUCGGCCUCAAGUUCCUAAGAAAAUACUCGAGUGGUUCGAUAACGAUUCGGCCUUCUUGCGAGCGUUAUCACCGUCUCUCGAGCAGAGAGCCGAUAGCCUCAAGACCACCAUCGAAAAGUUCUCGUGCGUCACGCCCGCGGUGGUGACUCGGGAUCUCAAUCAGGUGAUUCUCGGUCGGAAAGGUGUCGAGGCGUUUACAGACGAAGAUUUGAAGCUCUCGGCGCCGGUGCGAUGGGCUCCCUUUAUGCCCAAGGAACCCCCAGCAGACCCCUGGCACGAAGCGCGAAUGCGUCUUACCAUUCAAUUCCCCGACAAACGCCUGCUGCAGUAUGACUGCGGCAAACUCCAGGCGCUGGACAAGCUAUUGCGCAAGCUGCAAGCCGGCGGCCACCGCGCGCUUAUCUUCACGCAAAUGACAAAGGUGCUCGACAUCCUGGAGCAGUUUCUCAAUAUCCAUGGGCACAAGUACCUCCGAUUAGACGGCGCCACUAAGAUUGAGCAACGUCAAAUUCUGACGGACCGGUUCAACCACGACUCGCGUAUCCUCUGCUUCAUCCUGUCGACUCGAUCAGGAGGAUUGGGCAUCAACUUGACGGGCGCCGACACUGUCAUUUUCUACGAUCAAGACUGGAACCCGGCCAUGGACAAACAGUGUCAGGAUCGAUGCCAUCGUAUCGGCCAAACGCGCGACGUCCACAUCUACCGCCUCGUGAGCGAGCACACCAUUGAAGCCAACAUUCUCCGCAAGGCCUCGCAGAAGCAGAUGCUCGACGACGUGGUUAUACAGGAAGGAGAGUUCAAUACGGAUUCGUUCAACCGCCCUUCUGUCCGGGAUGUCCUUGGCGAAAAGGUGGACUUUAUGAGCGAGGGUGUUGCUGCCGCAGAUGCCGCUCUCGACCUGGUACUCGGCGGAUCGGAAAGCAACAGCGAUCAGCGCCGCGUCGGUCGCGUCUUUGAACAGGCCGAGGACAAGGAGGAUGUCGCCGCCGCACGCGUGGCAGAGAAGGAGAUUCUCGCGGACGACGCCGACUUUACGGAGAAGCCCGGCGGAGGUGCCUCGGGUACUUCAACGGCUCGUCAAGGGACGCCGGCGGGCAAGUCCAUCUUUGACGGGGGCAUCGGAAUACUGGACGGACCGGUCGAGCCCGGUGUUGACGCAAUCGAAGAGUAUAAUGCCUGGGGCGGAAGAAUGGGCAACAUUGACGACUACAUGCUUUCGACCAUGACGGAGGAGCUGAAGCAUACGAAGCUGGAGCUGCCCAAGGACAAGAAGAAGGGGAAGAAGAAGGGCAAAGACACGAGAAAACGAUGA